GAAAUACUUCUCUUGUUUUCCACACAAAACACAAGUCUCUAUUUCUUGUUUCAGCCAUGGCUAUUUCUAAGGUUUUGAUAGCCUCACUUCUCGUAUCUCUUCUCCUUAUCCAACUUGUUUAUGCUGAUCAACUGGUGACAAGUGCCAGCAACAAGGGAACCACUGCCCCAAUGAAAAUCGACUGCGGUGGGGCUUGUGCGGCGAGGUGCCGUCUAUCGUCGAGGCCGAACCUAUGCAAGAGGGCGUGCGGGACAUGUUGCUCCCGCUGCAACUGUGUUCCUCCGGGUACUGCCGGUAACCAAGAAAUGUGCCCGUGCUAUGCUAGCUUGACCACCCACGGCGGCAGACGCAAGUGCCCUUGAGUUUUUAAUCAACUUGGAUUGGAACGAAUCUUCUCCUUUGAGCUUUGUCGUGAAAUCAACGAAUUGCAUGGACAAAUCAGUGCAGGCAAAGAGCCAGGACUAGCUUUCAAAUAAUAAAUCUUCUCCUAAGAAUAAAUCAAAUAAUGUGUCAUACGUAAAGCACAACUCAUUUCUUCCCCCCCCCCCCCUUACUUUUCUUUUGGGCGAUAUUAUAUGUUUAAUCACUUGUUAUUUUUUGAGUUUGAAUAUAUUAUAUUUUACUUCAUAAUAAUGAAGUUUGUAAUUCUAUUUGCUUCC